AUGCCUUACCCUGAACGCAACCCUGACGUCCUUGGUCAAUUUCCCCAACUGACGACCUACAACCAUGGCGUCUCCCUUUUCCCUAUGAGGGAAGGCCUCACUCAAGAGAUAGUCAUCUCUGCCCUUAGAGACGCUACAUCUAAAAUUCUAGCCGCUAUCCCUUGGCUCACGGGUCAAGUCAUCCAUGUACCCGGUGAAGAUAGUAGUUCAGGUAUCCUCCGCAUGGCACCAUGGCCCGAAGAUGUCCCGCCACACGGCCUCCUCAAGGUCAGAGAUUGCUCUGAUCUUCUUCCCUCGUACGCAGAGAUGCUUGCGGCUGAGGCGCCUUUCUCGAUGCUUGACGGGGACCUCAUCUGUCCUUACCCAGGAUUCCCUCUGGGUUACAACACCGCCAAGAUCGGGCCGGCGCCUCCGGCUAUGCUGCAAGUUACUUUCGUGAAGGGCGGGUUCCUUCUCACGUACAGCAACCAGCAUAACAUGGUUGACGGGACGGGCUUGUUCACUAUCAUCACCCUUCUGUCUGCCGCUCUCCGUGGCGAGCCUUUCCCUGAAGACAUCAUCGAAGCUGCCAAUCAAGAUCCCGCAAGUGUCAUACGGCUUCUUGACCCCUUCGAGCCAAUGCUUGAUCACAGUCAUCUUCUAAAGCCCGAUCCAGCGCCGGAACCUAUCAAACCCCGCGCUCCAGCUCAAUGGACCUAUUUCCGCUUCUUCAAGGACAAGCUGGCAGAAGUCAAGAAGCUAGCCGAAGACUCAGUAGGCUUUGACCCAGACGUUCCGUUCAUCUCUCCCAACGACGCUUUGUGUGCGCUAUUCUGGAAGAGCAUAGCCGCUGUCCGGAUCAAGACUGGCCCCGAUCCAACUUGCGUUUCCAAGUUCGGUCGCACCAUCGAUAUCCGACCUGUUGUCGGCGUUUCGCCGGGCUAUCUUGGACAGAUGGUGUAUCAAUCUGCCACGCGCCUCACCUUCCAAGAGCUCGUAGAUUUGCCACUUGCUACGGUGGCAACGCGCCUGCGCAAGGACCUUGACGACACAAACAACGACUUUUCGGCCCGAUCUUACGCUACCUUUGUCGACUCAGUGCAGGACAAGUCACGGCUCAUGUACGCAGGCGGUGCCAAUCCAAUCACAGACAUUGGCCACCCAUCUAUGAUGAACGCUAAAGUCAAUGGGUUCGAUUUUGGUAUCUUAGGAAAGCUGGAUCUAGGUCGCAGGCCCAAGCUGACACCACUUCCUGGCGUAUUUUAUAUCUAUCCUCAGGAGGCGAAUGGCGAUCUAUUGCUUUUGCUUUGUCUUCCGGAGAUAGAGAUCAAGGGCUUGUGUGAGGACCUAGAGUGGAGUAGAUGCACUGCUAUCAUUAAAGAGAAUUCAUAA